AGACUCAGAUGGGACGGAGUGACACAGGAGGAGAGGAGGAUUCAGGUUCUGCUGCUGCAAACUGAGGAUGCAGACAUCUGAUUCUGCAGCAGAGCUCUGAGGGCAAAGGAGCUGUGGAAACCUGGGGGACAAGGACAGAAUCAGGUCUGGAGCGGGGGACAAGGACAGAACUAGGCCUGGGGGAGGGGGUCUGAGUCCCUCCAUGGAUGGUGGCUGAGAUCAGGCAGCAGGAUGGAGAACCCCGGAGGCAGAGACUGGACUAACUGCAGCCCCAAACCUGCAGCAGCAUCAGCUGCUUGCUGAACAUCCUCUGGAGGGGGCUUCAUGCCCUGGGACAGUCCUGGGAGACACAAGGAGGAGGGGGAGGGCAGCUGUAUUUUGGGAUGAGGGAGCUCCUGAAUUAAGCGAGCGAGCUGGAAUAAAGAUUUAGUGUGAGCUGGUGGAGGGAGGAGGCAGAACAAGGAGAGUGCUGUGCUGAGGAGAGGAGGGGGGGCUGGACGGGCAGACGGGUGGACGGACAGACGGGUGGACAUCUGGGGGGAGACAGAGGGUCCACUGGAUCAGGAAGAUGCCCUCUCGCUGCAGGAAUGCGCUGAACAUCGUGGUCACCACCCUUUUCGCUGCGGUGGUCCUCUUCACCAUCCUUCUGGCCUACGUCACAGGGUACCAGUUCAUCCACACCGAGCAGCAUCACCUCUCCUUCGGCCUCUAUGGUGCUUUCCUCUCCCUCCACCUCUUCCUGCAGAGCCUCUUCGCCUUCCUGGAGCACCGGCGGAUGAGGAGCCCCUCCCGGCCUCAGCACCUCCGGCGCUCCGUGGCACUUUGCAUCGCAGCGUAUCAGGAGGACCCGGACUACCUGAGGAAGUGCCUGCGCAGCAUCCGGCGGAUCUCCUUUCCAGGCCUGAAGGUGGUGCUGGUGGUGGAUGGAAACCGGCCCGAGGACCGAUACAUGAUGGACAUUUUCCAGGAGGUGAUGGGAGGAGCCGAGCAGGCCGGGAGCAUGGUGUGGAAGGGAAACUUUCACAGCGAUGGGAGCAGAGGAGGAGGAGUCGCAGGUGGGAGGAGGAGCGCGGUGCACAUGGAGGAGGUGUCCCGAGUGUCUCAGCUGGUGAAAGGCUGUCGUUACUCCUGCGUCAUGCAGGAGUGGGGGGGGAAACGGGAGGUGAUGUACACCGCCUUUAAAGCUCUGGGGGACAGCGUGGACUAUGUCCAGGUGUGUGACUCCGACACCGUGCUCGACCCAGCUUGCACCAUUGAGAUGCUGAAAGUCCUUGAAGAGGAUCCGAUGGUGGGCGGGGUCGGUGGAGACGUUCAGAUCCUCAACAAGUAUGACUCGUGGAUCUCCUUCCUGAGCAGCGUGCGUUACUGGAUGGCCUUCAACAUCGAGCGUGCUUGCCAGUCGUACUUCGGCUGCGUCCAGUGCAUCAGCGGCCCGUUAGGGAUGUACAGGAACUCCCUGCUGCAGCGGUUCCUGGAGCCCUGGUAUCAUCAGACCUUCCUGGGCUCCAAGUGCAGCUUUGGUGAUGACCGCCACCUGACCAACCGGGUGCUCAGCUUUGGCUACAAGACUAAGUACACGGCGCGGUCACAGUGCCAGACAGAGACGCCCACGCAGUACCUGCGCUGGCUCAACCAGCAGACUCGAUGGAGCAAGUCGUACUUCCGUGAGUGGCUCUACAACGCCCUGUGGUUCCACAAGCACAGUCUCUGGAUGACCUAUGAGUCUGUGGUCACUGGCUUCUUCCCCUUCUUUCUGGUUGCUACAGUCAUCCACCUGUUCUACCGCGGGCGGCUGUGGAACAUCCUGCUCUUCCUACUGACAGUCCAGCUGGUCGGGAUGGUUAAGGCCACCUACGCCUGCUUCCUACGUGGAAGCCUAGUGAUGAUCUUCAUGUCGCUCUACUCUCUGCUCUACAUGUCCAGCCUCCUCCCUGCCAAAAUGUUUGCCUUGCUCACCAUCAACAAGGCUGGGUGGGGGACGUCGGGCCGUCGGAGGAUUGUUGUCAACCUCAUUGGCGCUGUGCCGGUCACAGUGUGGGCUCUGGUGCUGCUCGGAGGCGUGGCGUAUACGGUCUACUGUGAAACCCAGGAGCCCUUGAGUGAAACCGAGAAGGCCCUGCUGAUAGCAGGGACGAUACUCUACGGCUGCUACUGGCUCAUCCUGCUGGUGCUCUACCUGGCUAUUGUAGCCAAGAGGUGCAACAAGAGGGAGGAGCAGUAUCACCUGCCUUACGCAGAGGCGUGACCCCGAACCCCCACAGGGACAUCCAGCCUGCGUUCCACUAGAGCUGGGAUCUUUACUGGUGCUACACCCAAUCCGGUCUGAGGGUGUCUGGAUCCUAGCGGCUCAUUGGUGCUUCCCGCCCAACCCGGAAGACUGGAUUCAGGUUGUGGCUCAGAGGUGGUUUCUGGACAUGAGUUCGCUGUAGAGCUGAAUCUAAAAAGAAAUAAACCAGAUCGCUUCUGCUCCCGUUUCAGACGGGAGGAGAAAGGUCUUUCAGUGGUGAAAACAACAAGCAACUGGUCUCAGAUCCAUGCAGGUUCAUCUCCAGAACGUGGAGAAGAGGGGAAACAGGCUCAUCAGAAGCAGCAAGCCCACGGUGCUUCAUGGUGGAGCAGAGCAGCAAUGAUCUGGCAUCACGGCGCCACCGACUGCCCACCGUCACACGAGUCUUUAAACGAGUGCUUCCAGAUUAAAUCCUGGUGAAAAUGGAGGAAACGAAUCAAAACGAAUCAAAGGCUGGAGGAUCUCUGCUCCUCAGAUCAGGACUGAAAAGUUUUCAAAAUAAAAUAAUUAUGUCCAGCUGCCUUCAUUAAGACCUGCCGACCCCCACCCCCCACCCCAAUGACCAACAACCUUCACCAGCAGCAAACAGAAACAAUCACUUCAUCUGCUGCCGGGAGCUCGCAGAUUAGUGCUGAAAUUAGACAACGGACAUUUCUCAAACAGAAGUAGCUUGACUAGAAAUCUUCAGGUGAAGAGGGAAACAUUUGCACUCGAGGGAUUCAUGGACGUGAAUAUCUGAGUGUAAAUAAAAAAUGCUGCUGUCAGUUAGAAAAACAUGCUUUUAAUUUGAAGUAAUCCCACGCGAAAACCUUAAUCCAGUCCUCGUCUCUUUAUGUUUUCCAUCCAAGCCGCCCGACUUUACUUUUGGUAAUUGUUCUGAUCAACAGUUCUCCAGAAGUUACCAACGUUUCCUCGGCGUUCGGAGUCGUCAACAACAGUGUUUCCUAACCCUUCUGUCAAACUGUUUUCUUUGAUGCUUUCACUAACCGACCUGAUGCUAAACCCACUAAAAAUGCUAAAUGUUAAAACUAUCUAAUCAAACCUUUUUGAAAAGACGACCGUGGCUGCUUCAGAGGGAAGACGAAACGGUUUUAUUGUAAGAUUUCACACAUCCAGAAGAAAGAUUCAGAAGAUUUACGAGACGGAUGGAUCCAAACGGACCUGGAACAUCAAACAGAUCUGACAAGAACGGUCUCAGAAGGUCUCCUAUGGGGUGCUGAAUAUAAAAGAAUACACAUUCAGCUCCUCGUAGCAGCAAAAACGGGAGUGAAGCGGCAUUUUCAAACCACAUUCAUUUAGAAAACUGCAAUAGUAUCUAUUUUUUUAACUAAUUUAAUUUACCUUGACAAUUUUUACAAGAAAACUUCUUUUUAAAUGCUAAAAUAUAAAUAUAUGUUACAGUUUUAAAAUAAAUGUUUAGCUAACAUUUGAAUUCAGACUGCUGUAAGAUGUAAGACUGUGUGAAUCUGUUAAUCUUAAUCUUUUAUCAGUUUGCAUUCUUCCUGAAAUAAUAAUCUGUGAAGUAACGCACACACAAAAAUACCUUAGGAUCUCCCCGUCCUGCUUUUAUUUUGAUAGGCAGCUUUAUUUGAAUUUCAUACACAGAGGCAAUUCAAUGUUCUUCCCUUUAGCAAGAAUAGCGUGAACAUUAAAAUCAACGUGACAGCACGAUUAAAAUGCACAAACACAUUUAGACUAAACGAAAUAGACAAAAUAGUUUCAGAUUUAAGAAUCAGAAGAAGACGAAGCUGUGGGUUGAAGAGUUUCAGUGCAGAAUUUAGCUAAAUAUUUAGAUUGAAACUAUUCAUCAUUCUGAAGUAUUUUUCCAUAUUUAGAUUUAAUUGCGCACGUUUGUUGUAAACCUCCUUUUCUAAAGCUAAAUGCCGUAAACAAAAGCUGUUGAAGUUUAUUUUAAAGUGUUGCUUUUCCUGUCCGCGCCCCAUAUCUCCAGGACCACUUUCCUUUACAACCAGCAGCUCUGAGACCGUCCUCUCCUCCAUGAACAGCACAAUCAUCUGCUACCAGCAGACAAUCAGAACAUUUCUGAGCGUGCAGCUGCAGUGUUGGUGCUGGUGAACCAUUUCAGAUGAAGGUCCAGUUCCUUUGCAGCUAUCAGAACCACUCCGUGUCAGAGAUUUCUGUAAUGGUGCCAAACAACGCUGAGGUUCUCCUACUGAGCAGUUUGUUUUUGUUUAUCUGUGUUGUCAUCAGUGUGAAGUCCGAUGAACACCAAAGCGAUUUGAACCAUCAGCAUGUUUCCAGUGGAUUUGCUUUCAUGUGUUGUUGUUUUAGUUUAAACUUAGGCAUCCAUACAUUAAAGUCAUGUUCUGUUUUAAACUGGA